AUGUCUCGACUCAGCUUGUCUGUAUUCUCUAUCCUUUUGUUAGUCGCUGCUAUGAACCAGUUCACAUUCGCAGAAUAUAUUGAAUGCAACAUUUACCCCUUGAUGAACUGGACUGAACAAGACUACGAGAUAGAUCGGCGAGGUCCCCAUCCAGACUUAGAGUGGUGCCGUACAAGCGGAGAGAUCACCCGGCUUCAACAGUGGCCACACGAGCUGCGCGAUCGCGCACCCAAACGCUUCGACCUCAUGACAGGGACAACAUACUGCUAUCCAUCAUCAGGUGGUCGGGAGAACGCCUGGUGUGACCAACUGCGAGUUUAUGGCGGAAACUGGUACGGAUGCAAUCUUGAGCUGCCCAUGGAAGAGAGGCAGCUGGGUUGUCCGUCACUUGCCACUCUUGAGCCGGACUUGUCGGUUCGUCGCCUGGUGGUGACCGAGACAGAUACGCCGAACGUGUAUAUCCUUCCCCCGAACCCGGGUACGGGCGAGCUUCCGGAGGAUGCAGUCGCUCGUAUGAAGAUCACAGUGUCCGAGAAGGAACAGAUUGAACUGUUGGGUUCAUUUGGGGCUAUUCGGUGUACCAAUAUAUCUACUUGUCCCCCUCUUGACGAUCUCAAAUACUCGCCAGUCGAAUGGGCAGCGAAGCACCGGGGCUUCAAGAUCCCUGAUGGCUGGAGCCCUACUUAACUCUCAGUAAUCGAGAGAGAAAUCAAGUGAAAGGCUCAGGAAAGACGGUGGAGAAUAUCCUUAGAUUGGUAGUUACUGCGAAUAUGAUGUUUCAUACUACUAAACCAA